AUGGAAUCGGGCACUGAAGACCUACACCCGCACAGCCCCUCCAUGGAACCCCCCACUGACCAGCCUCCCGUCCAGCAGGACUCCAUUGAAGAAAGGGGCUCUGAUGUGGAGGACAAACUAUCCGAAGAAAGAGGCAAGACAUUCUCUUCCCAAUCAGUGAUGGGAGACGUCCCCCAGCCCUAUGGGGGCUUUGAGUAUUCUGGGUCAGAGCCCGAGACUGAUGAGGAGGAGAAUUCGAGGGAAAACGAGACACAAGACAGAAACAGCUGCACUACUCAGUCAGAUUCAGAACAUGGCUCCAGUCCAGAGAGCUCCAGGAAGAGGAAGCUCAAUUCCAGGGACGGCACCUGCGAGAGAACAGGGGCCUCUCCAGAUGAGCGCAGUGCGACUUCGGAAAAGAAGAAACAGAAGGUCCUUGACUCUGGCCACAGCAGGAAGAGUGAAGAAAUCUGGGAUGCCUGCCCCAGGAGGUCCCAGAGGAGGCGCCCUGGGCGCAGCAAGAGGCCCAGAUCCAGGUCCCCAGGAGACCAGCCGCCUCCACUUCGGAAAAGCCUCUUGACCGCCCUGCGCUCUAUGUCUGAGGCCAUUUAUCAGAACAUAGUUAAUGUGUACAAUCAGAAGGGCUAUUCCCCGCUGCUCUGGGAGCAGCUGGCCCAGCUGCGGGGGCCUCUGUGCACCGCGAUGCUGACCACGUACGCCAUGGCCAACCAGGCGGCCUAUGUCUUCCCUGCUGAGGGCUGGCUCGUCCCAACCCCACUGCCGGCUCCCUGGAGUCCAGCCGGGGAUGGAGGAGAAGGUCCGUGCUCCAAAGACAGUCUAGACAGGCUGUCAGUGAGUCAGGCUUGA